UGUACCACUCUGUAAUUAAACGAUCGUAUGGUGACGCUAAGAAUUUGAGCAGAAGUUAAUAACCUACAGAAUUACGGAAAGAGCUUGAUUAGCUAAAAACAGACAUUUCGAACGGUGGACACUUGCCUCUUCUCCUCGAUUUGGCUGUUUUCUUCUGCGUUUCCAGCUGAGGGAGGUGUCCUCUACAAUUCUCUGUCACCCCAAGCACCCUUACAGAUCGCCGUGCCACCUCUGGGUAUGCCAGGGAGAUGCCACUCAAAGAUGGCAGCCUGCUCCUGGAUCCAAGGCUGCCAUGUUGGUGAAAGUUAACAGCAUUGGAAGAAACCAGUCUCUGGGUCCAGCUACUGCCCACCAAUUGCUCCACCUCAGCCCCACCAACAUUAGCACUUCACCCAAACCAGGUUACACAGCGCAACUUGACAAAACCGGUCUGCUCAGCAAAAUGGCCGUUCCUGGAGACUCCAAGCUGGGUUACCACCUCAAAAGGGGGGAUGCCAACUUCUGUCUGGUUUUGCCCACUACUAGCUCUUCCUCUUACUCUGCCCACCAGCGCUCUGGUGCAGGUACACCUCGCCCCUCCUCUCCUCAAUACGGAGCUACACCAUCAGCACCAAUCUACGAUGAACCUCCACCCAUGGAUCCCCCCAUUUACGAUGAACCCCCAGUGGAAAUGGAAGUAGAAGGGGCGCACCACUUACACAGAGUUCCCUACUCCACCAGUCACAGCCUGCCGAGAGGAGCCCAGCCUCCUAAACUCCUCCAGUUCCCCCAUUCCAAACACAUCUGCAGCUCCUCAGCUAGUGAGUACAGUCCGGCCGGCCGGGAGUGCAUCAAACACAUGGUGAACGUGGAUGCAGCUGCAUCCAAGCAUCAGCCCCAGACAUCUAACACUAUCGAGGGGCCUUCAAACACAUCCAGUCCUCAAAUCCAGCCACAGUCUCCAGUUUCUGCCCUGAUUAAGAAAGAAGUCUCUCUGGAGAAGAAGCAAUCAUGGAGGCUGUUGGAGCCCCGCCACAGCCGUCAAAGCAGUCUGGCCUCUCAGGAGUACCCAGGCCCUGCUGCCAUCACGUACCAGGACUCUGGCUACUCCACUGGGCCAUCCCCAAGUCUGAGAAGGAAGAACCGACGUCUUGCAGCUCUGGGCACUGGGUCGGGUCGACCCGGGUCGGUGGGCAGCAGUGGGGAGUUGAAUGCAUUGAAUGAGAAGCUGAUGGCGGAAAUGAGGGCGGUGGUAAACCGUUCCAAUGCACUACAUGGAAGCAAGGUUAGUCUGGACACUGAGAUGGGUUCAGAGGCCUCUGGAAGUACUGCCCGCUCCCUGGUCAGUUCAUUGAAGAUGGGGGCAAGAGGGGGUGAAUCGAGGGAGGAUGUGACAUCAAGUAACCGAUCACUGUAUAGGGGCGGGGGCAACAACCAGGGCGAUGUUGUGUUGUCGGCACUGGUGACAGAUGGGCUCGGAGGCCGGCAAAAAAGGACGUAUGAGAAAGUGGAUUCGCUGGAGAAAAGCGUAACAUCGCAGACCAGCUUGUCCUCCCCAGAACCACCAAGGUCACCUUCACAGACAGGAACACUGGAAUCCAAAACUCUGCAGGACAUCUCACCCCAGGACUGUGACCAUGACAGAGCAGGUCACGGAACUGCCCACCUCGCCCAUAAAAACAACAACAACAGUCCCCCUCCUUCCGUUGGCAGCACGGGUUCCGGUUACCAGUACCCGUACACCACCCUCAGCAAACCUACACCCGACGCCAACAUGGAGGACUGGGCCAGCAAGAACCUUAACCAGCACACGCAGGGCUUAUUUCGCCGGCGCGUCUCCAUUGCUAAUAUGCUGUCGUGGAACCGUGGCUCCAUUAAGAAACCCAUGCUGAUCACCAGCGACCGGUCUGUCAAGAAGGAAGCCUGCGAGAUGUUCAAGCUGGUCCAGGCCUACAUGGGCGACAGGCCGGCCAGGUUUGACAAACGUCACGCAGCCCUUCAGGUGGUCACGAAGUGCUGGGGGAUGCAAGGCUUGAGGGACGAACUGUACGUACAGUUGGUGCGACAGACCACUGGAAACUUGAGUAUGAGGAGUUUGGAGGCAGGCUGGGAGUUGAUGGCCAUCAGCCUAGCGUUCUUUUCACCUUCGCCCAAGUUUAGGCUCUAUUUGGAAGGCUACAUCCAGCGACACAUUGAGCCCAGUAGUGAUAAGAAAAUUCUUCAGCACAUCAUGGAGCAGCAGGACAUAAAAAACAAGAAGAAUUCAAAAUCCAGGAAGAAGAGGAGACAGAACAAUGAGGAAGAAGAGGAUGAGGAGGCAAGAUUAAAGCUUUGAGCAACAAGAUGUUCUGCGAGUCCCACGCUUCCCUGGCCCGUAGCCAGACUGCGCAGGCAUAGAGAGAGAGAGUUCGUGGGUUGAGAGGCAACAAAGAUCCUGAGAACGUCUUUCAGUCUUGAAGCGAGAGUGAUAGGAGAUGGAAAGAGAAAGAAGAACAGGCAGAUUGUGACAAAAAACGGAGAACGGGACAUUUUUAUCAGGUUACACCCUCAGUGGCUGCCAUCCAACUUAACCCUCAGCUUGUUCUUUUAUCUCUCGUCUAUAUUCCUCUCGCACACAGUGAGCCUUUCUCAAGAGCCCCGCUCCAAAACAAAGAGUUUGACGAGACAGCUCUGCGUGGGCUCUUAAUAAUGCAGCUCCAGCC